CGCAGACAACCGCCUUGCUUACUUCAACACACCGCCGAGGAUCUAUUUCCAGCUACAAUAGCAACGCGUACAGCUCCAAGCUCACAGCCAAUACUAUCGCCCGACUCUCAGUCAAUACCACCUCCCCACCUCCACAUCCACGCUCAACACCUCUGCCGCCAUGGGUGAUCUCGACAGCUUGGUCGACAUGGGCUUCGACAAGGAGAAGAGCGAGAUGGCUCUUAAGAAGGGGGGCAAUCUUCAAGGCGCGAUCGAUUGGCUGGACAAGAACGCCGACCGCUCCCUCGAGCAGCUCAAGACUGAUGAGGCAGAAGACGCGGAGCAGCCUCAGCUGGCAGCAGGCGAGGUACCCAAAUCAAUGAUCUGCAACGAGUGCCAGAAAAAGUUCCGCUCCAUGGCACAAGCCCAAUUCCACGCCGAAAAGUCGGGACAUACCGAUUUCGCGGAGUCCACCGAGGAGAUUGCGCCACUGACCGAAGAGGAGAAGCAAGCGAGACUAGCAGAGCUCAGAGCGAAGGCGGCAGAGAAGAAAGCAAAAGCAGAGCUAGAGUUGAAGAAGGAGCAAAAGCGCAACGAAGAGAUUCGACGAAAGCACACCAAGGAGAGCGACGACGCGAAGGAGCAGUUGGCGCGCAAGCAGCAAAUACAGGAGGCUGCUAACAAGCGAAAGGAGAAGGCCGAGGACAUCGCCGCGAAGAAGCGUAUCAAGGACAAGAUCGAGGCUGACAAAGCCGCUCGCAAGGCCAAGAUUGACCAGGAGAAGGCGAUGCGAGACAAUCCCGCUGCAUACAACCCAGGCGCUGCCACUGCCGCUCCAGGUGGUCUUGCAGCUGCAGCUCCUGCCAAAGCCGCAAACCACAGCGAAGCCCGUCUAAGACUCCAGACUGGAAAUGGUAAUAUUAUGAAGACCAUGCCUGCGGACACGACGCUGUUCGAGGUUGCAGAGGCAAUCAAGCAGGAGAAUGGCACAACAGCUACCAGCUUCACACAAUCUUGGCCCAAAAAGACAUGGAAGUACGAAGACUUCGGCAUGACUUUGAAGGAAGCAGGAUUCGUGCCAUCGGCGGCUUUGGUGGUGGAAUAGAAUGACGACCGUCAAGUUUCGAACGCUAUGCUGGACCGGGCGGAGCACGAAUGUCCACAAUGGGUUCACAGCGGUAAAGGAGGCAUUUCAUACGUAUGUCCUGGUGCAGAGCCGCCGUGGAGCAGCAGGUCAUCCAGCCCUCCAACUGAAGAAGAUGAUAUUGAUCGAGAAGACGUCGACUGGUGACUUCCAUGAUCGUGCUGCACCGAUGCAGUCAAUGCAGUACUACAUCCUGGCUUCGCGUGAAAGGCGGCGUAAUAUGCCAUAAGCGUUCGACUGUCUUUCUCGAACGUGGAGGGGGGCCUGGAGCGCGGGUGAAGAUCAUGUGGCUAUUUUAUAUGCAUAAUCGGCCAAUGAAGGAACGAAAAGAAAACGAACCAAAUCACGAGACGAUGAGAAAGAUGUAGCUUUACGAUCUUCAAUGCAAACCAUCAACGGAAUGUUAACGUUGAGUAAGAGAGAG